UUGUGCUCUGUUUGUCUACAGCAAACAUCAGUGAAAUAAACACAUAGAAUUCUGAUUUUACAUCUUGCAGUUCUGACUUUUUCCAUUUACAUUUGGACUUUUUUUGUUUUUUAGUUUACAUUUUGCAAUUUCUUUUUUGCAGAAUUCCUCUCACAAUUCGGAAUUCUGAGUUUACAUUUUGCAAUCUUCUCAAAAAUUAGUGUCAAAAAAGAGUGCACUAUCAGUGAAGAAACUUUACAAACACUCCUGGAUUUAACAGUGACUUUAAAACCUAUCAUUAGUUGUUAUUGUGCAGGUGUGAUGGCGAGGAUAUCCAGCUCUUCUUACAUGUGCGUGCUGGUCUUGACCUUGGGCUUCCUGGUCUUUGAGAUUGUAGUCGGCCGAAUCUGCAGAUCUCUCCUCAUCGCGGUGGACAGCUUCCACACGCUCUACAUUUUCAUAAAUCUGACUCUAUCAGCAAUAAAGCAUCAUUCUAGUUCUCCCUGCUCACCCGAUCCCUCCACGACCGCUGGUCCAUCCCGUCCAGACGUCUCUUCAGGAGGUCCGAGUCCUCCGUAUGCUGCGGACUACAGAAGGAUGCGUCUCAAACCCUUCGGCGUCCUGAUCUCAGCUCUGCUCAUGGCAUCUCAGUGUGUCUCCAUCAGUCUGGAGAUUCUCACACAUCUUGUCCAGCCAGAACCCAUUCAGCACCCACUCCUGUCCAUUGUGGUUGGAGGAACUAGUCUGAUAUUCAAUGUACUUGUAUUGGCCUGGAGAAGAGGAAGCAGCAGAGGGAUCGGUGAAGCUACUGAUGGGAUCAGCAAGAGUCUGAUGCGAAAUAACCCUGAUUCUACAUCAGAACGCAAAGGAAGUGCUCUCCAGAAUGACACGCUGAUGUUCUGCAACCCUGAAGCAUCUAGAGAUCUGGAUCCAGAUCGAGCUGAGUUACCAAAGCCCAGCAUCUCUGACCCAGUUCAGUCCAGUCCUGCGCAAACGUCCACUCCCCGUAUCGGUGGAAGUUCUCAGGAAAUCAUUCAGCAUUCAGAGCAACUUCCAGAAGAACCACGUCACUCCACCUGCACUGAACCCACCGUUUCCCAGUGUGCUCCUGGAAGAUCUGGGUUCAGACGACAGCAGCUCGGCUUCGUCGCUGUGAUCCAGGACCUUCUGAGUUCAGUCCUGGUUUUAACUAGUGGUCUGGUUCUCCUGCUGUCUGCGGCGCACUGCCACCGGCCUCACUCCGACUGUCAUCUCCUGGUGUAUCUGGAUGCAGGUUUCUCCGCAGUGUGUGUGCUGGUCUUGUUCUCCACGGCCCUGCCGAGGCUGCGGCGCUACGGGCUGCUGGUGCUGCAGGCGACGCCGCUGCAUCUCUCCGUGGCUCAGGUGCGGCUGAGGCUCACACGAGUCCCAGGUGUGCUGUCGGUUCACGAGCUGCACGUGUGGCAGCUGUCCGAGGCGCUGCUGGUGGCCUCGCUGCACGUUCACUGUCCGGACGGGCUGAACGCAGCGCAGUGCACAGAUCUGAUGGAGAGGAUCACAGCAGCGCUGAACGCUUUCGGCAUCAAACACUGCACCGUGCAGCCGGAGCUCAUCCGGAGCGGCGCCGCGGCCUGCAGUUUGCGCUGUGGGCAGGAGUGUGUGGAGAAGCUCUGCUGCUCCCCUCCGGAGACAGAGAGUCCUGUUUGUGUCCAGGAGGAGGAAUCCUGCUCUCCAGCGCUGCACAGUGUUGAUCAGUUUAGAGAUGUGGCUAUUGAGAACACGUACCUGUGAUGAUUAAAGGGUCAUCGGAUGCUCGUUUUCCACGAGUUGAUAUGUGACCCUGGAGCACAAAACCACUCAUAAGGGUCAAUUUAUUUAAAUUGAGAUUUAUAAAUCAUAUGGAAGCUGAAUAGAUAAGCUUUCCAUUGAUGU